AUGUCUGGCCGCUUCGUCAGAGCGUCAAAGUACCGACACGUCUUCGGGCAGUCGACCAAGAAGGAGCAAUGUUACGACAACCUCCGCAUCUCGAAGAAUGCUUGGGACACCAACUUGAUCAAGGCCAACCCCAAGUACCUCUCGGUCAAUUGGGAGGCCAGCGGUGGCGGCGCCUUUGCUGUCAUUCCUGUUGACGAGCGUGGAAAACUCCCCGAUGUCAUGCCCUUGUUCCGUGGCCACACGGCCGCCGUCCUCGACACCGACUGGAACCCCUUUGACGACUCGAUCAUCGCUUCUGGUUCCGACGACGGCAAAGUCUUCGUUUGGCAGGUCCCCGAGGACUUUACCCUGCACACCGACGCCGACGAGCCUACCGAUAUCAGCCCUGUACACAAGCUCUCUGGCCACACUCGCAAGGUCGGACACGUCUUGUUCAACCCCUCGGCCGCCAACGUUUUGGCCAGUUCCUCAGGCGAUGCAACCGUCAAACUGUGGGAUCUCGCUUCGAACAACCCCCGCCUUACCCUCAAGCACAACGAUAUCGUCCAGUCUUUGUCGUGGUCGGCUGACGGCGGCAUGCUCGUCACCACUUGCCGCGACAAGAAGAUCCGUUUCUGGGAUGUAAGACAAGAAAGACCAGCACACGAAGUCCAGGGAUACCCCGGCGCAAAGAACAGCAGAGCAGUCUGGAUGGGUGACCAUGAUCGUGUCGCCACGACCGGUUUCUCGCGCAUGAGCGACCGUCAACUUGGUCUGUGGGAUGUGCGCAACCCCAAGGAGCCCAUCGGUGGCUUCUCGAUCCUCGAUUCUAUCAGCGGUGUCUGCAUGCCCUUCUGGGAUGAUGGCACCCAAAUGCUGUACCUUGCUGGCAAAGGUGACGGCAACAUUCGCUACUACGAGUACGAGAACGACAAGUUCGAGUAUCUCUCCGAGUACAAGUCGGCCGACCCUCAGCGCGGUGUCGCCUUUGUGCCAAAGCGUGGUGUCAACCUGCACCAGAAUGAGGUCAUGCGUGCUUACAAGACAGUCAACGAGAACCUGAUUGAGCCCAUCUCAUUCAUUGUUCCUCGCCGUGCAGAGGUCUUCCAAACCGAUAUCUUCCCUCCUGCCACUGGCAGCAAGCCUUCCAUGUCUAGCGAGGACUGGUUCUCGGGCAAGGAAGCCGCUCUUCCACCAAAGAUUUCUCUCGAGAGUCUGUACGAGGGUGAGACUCCCGUUGAGAUCCCCGCUGAGAGGGUCCCUUCUGCUAGCCAGGUAAAGAGCACCCCUGCUCCUGGUUCCAUGUCGUCCUCGUCCGCCCCAACCCCUGUUCCUGCCUCGCCUGCGAAGCCUGAGCCCACACCUGCUCCUGCUCCCACCAACAGAGGUUCUAUGCAGGAUAACCAGGCCAGCAUGUCCGCUAUGGCUGAUAGAUUCGCCGACAAGGAUGAGGUGACUCAAUCGAGAGGCAAUGCCAACGACGAGUUUGACGAAGUACCUAAGCCCGUCCAGCGCCCUACUUCUACCAUUGCCACCAAGCAAGAGGAGAAGACCGGCGUCCGUACACCUCCGCAAAUCCACACUCCUACGAACACGACAUCUGCCCCGGCUCCUGAGCCCAUCGCCGAGCCAAAGUUGAACGACAUCAAGUCACCAGUGGCCGAGACUCCUAAACCUUCAUCUAGCAGCGCAGAGCCGCCGACUACAGCUGCAGGCGCAGCAAAGGGUGCCGCCGAGGGUAUCAAGGGAGCCCUGUCUGAGAUUAGAGGUCUGUUGCUGCAACAAGCUCAGGACAUGGCCACCCAGGCAGAGCGCAUCGAGAGCUUGACAAAAGAGGUUGCCAGCCUCAAAAGUCGUUUGGAAGGUUAA